CUCCGCCGGGCUUGCGUAGGCUGCGCGCUCGGGGUGGGAGGGGCGCAGCACCGCGUCAGGAGCCGCUGCUGUCCGGGUCAGCGGGCCAGGCCGCCGUUGGUCACUCCUGCAGCCCGCCUGCUGGGCAGGGCCGGCCCGGCCCGGCCAUGGAGUCCUACGACAUCAUCGCCAACCAGCCCGUGGUCAUCGACAACGGUUCGGGGGUGAUCAAGGCUGGCUUUGCAGGAGACCAGAUUCCCAAAUACUGUUUCCCAAACUAUGUCGGACGCCCCAAACACAUGCGGGUGAUGGCUGGAGCCCUGGAAGGGGACCUCUUCAUUGGACCAAAAGCAGAGGAGCACCGGGGGCUGCUGGCCAUCCGCUACCCCAUGGAGCACGGCGUGGUGCGGGACUGGAACGACAUGGAGCGCAUCUGGCAGUACGUCUACUCCAAGGACCAGCUGCAGACCUUCUCCGAGGAGCAUCCUGUUCUUCUCACGGAAGCUCCGCUCAACCCAUGUAAGAACCGGGAGAAGGCGGCAGAGGUGCUCUUUGAGACCUUCAGCGUGCCAGCCCUGUUCAUCUCCAUGCAGGCCGUGCUUAGCCUGUAUGCAACAGGACGCACGACGGGAGUCGUUCUGGACUCAGGGGAUGGGGUCACUCACGCCGUCCCCAUCUACGAGGGCUUUGCCAUGCCGCACUCCAUCAUGCGGGUGGACAUUGCCGGCCGCGACGUCUCCCGCUACCUCCGGCUGCAGCUGCGCAAGGAGGGGGUUGACUUUCACACCUCGGCAGAGUUUGAGGUUGUCCGGACCAUCAAAGAGCGGGCCUGCUACCUGUCCAUCAGCCCGCAGAAGGAUGAGGCUCUGGAGACAGAGAAGGUGCAGUACACCUUGCCAGACGGCAGCACCCUCGACGUGGGGCCAGCGCGUUUCCGGGCCCCCGAGCUGCUGUUCCAGCCAGACCUGAUAGGGGAUGAGAGCGAGGGGCUCCACGAGGUGCUGGCCUUCGCCAUCCACAAGUCUGACAUGGACCUUCGCCGGACGCUGUUCGCCAACAUCGUGCUCUCCGGUGGCUCCACACUUUUCAAAGGCUUUGGCGACCGAUUACUAAGUGAAGUAAAGAAGCUUGCCCCCAAAGACGUCAAAAUCAAGAUCUCAGCCCCUCAGGAAAGGCUGUACUCCACGUGGAUCGGUGGCUCCAUCCUGGCCUCGCUGGACACUUUUAAGAAGAUGUGGGUAUCCAAAAAGGAAUAUGAAGAGGAUGGCUCCCGGGCUAUUCAUCGUAAAACCUUCUAGUGCCCAAGGAGGAAGGUGUAGCGUUGGGAAGAUGGGAGGAAAGGGGAGCCAGAGUCCUUAACCCUUUCUGGUCCGGUUCACAUACUAGGCCUCGGGGCCCCCUGCAUGCCCUGAACCCUCGGCAAGUGGUGCAACAGUGCUUCCCUGCAGCCCUCCCCACACACACACGCACACACAGUAACAUUAGCUGCAUGGAUGGGAGGCUUGAGCUGGAAGAUGGGAAUUGAGGGGCCCAGCUUUGGGCGGUUCUGGGUGUCCCCCUUGGCAGAACCAAUUAGGCCCAUGACUCUCUGCUGCCCCGAGCUCCAAGGCCAGACACCCAAAUACCCCCAUUUUCUCCGGCAGGGCCAGGUGCCUGGAUGCCUGUAUACUAGCCUUGCGGAGUGGGGUGGAGGAGGGGGUGCCACUGCUUCUCAUGCCACCUCCUCUUCCUGACCCAGCAGAGCAGCCCGGAGGGCCACACCUAGGCAUCCCUGACCCUUUCACACUCUGUUCUCCCAUCUUUCUGGAUGGGUGCCUUGGUGUAGACUGAGUUCUUGUCAGUCUUCUUCCGUCCCCCAUAAGGAGUCUGGACUGGGGUCCGACCCUUUGGAGCCAGAGCAGAGGAUGCACUGGGUUUGGGCGGCCACAGCGUGUUGCGUUCUCCCCUUCAAAGCACUUCAGUGACUUGCUGCUUCCUGUCCUUUACACCAGUACCUGGGAUAGGAAGGGUGAAUGGUCUUCAUUUGUUGAAGGGAAGCCACUUAAUCACAAGUCAGACCUAGUGGGGGUGAGGAGGGCACACUUCCUCCUCCCACCUCUCCCACAGAAGAGGUCUUCAUUUACCUUGUGGCCAGGACUCCCAACUCCCUCGCCCACAAAUGUACAAUAAUUUAACACAGUUGCCUGAAAAAAAUUUUUUUGUAAAUCAUUAUAGUAAUAAUUAUGGACAAGGCCCAGUGUAUGGCUCUGUUUUCUUGUGGUUCUUUGCACUGUUGUUUGCUCAUCCAUCCCUGAGGACCAAAGCAGCACGGCACUGGCUGUAGCUCAGAAGCCUGAGAUUUCAGUGGUUGGCGGGGCAACGUGGCACGGGAGGCCCCAGGAGGCUGGGCUCUCAACCUGGUGGCUGAAUUCCCCAGCCUCUUUACACGCUUGCUGCAGUCUGCCAGGAGAACAGGCUGCCUUUCUCCCCUUUAUUCUUGGAUGGGGCCUUGUGGCAGGCGGGGCUGGGGCUGGGUGCAUCCACCUCACCUGUUCUGUUUGAGCACCUCUGCUGCCUGGCUCAGAUGUAGCUGAGGCCAAUAGACCAAGCCCGAACUGAUACAGGAUCCAAGUUCAGCCAAGUCAGGAAGGGGGAUGAUGGGAGAGAUGUAGAAGGCUGUGUCGAUGAGCUGGGCUCUGAGAGAGUAAGCUGAGCAGCAAGGAGAGGAAGGGCAGUGGACGGAGAGGGAGCAGUGAGAAGUGAGUUGAGAGUGUCUACCCUCUCCUUCCUCAUCAAGUACUUACAUCAAGAACAGCUACAGUAUGUCCAGGAGGUGCCUUGUGUUUGGAGCCAGCGGUAAACAAGACAUACCUUUGCCCCUAAAAACACAGAUCAGGGGAGAAAGAUAAACAGGGCAUUUCAGUACAGAGCUGGGGGGCCAAGGGGAGGGGCAUCUAAGCCAGCAGGUGGGGCAGGCGGACUUGCACAGGUGUAGGAGGGGUUAGCCAGGUAAAGAGGGGGUGUUCCUGGGAGAGGUAAGAGUUCAAGGAGACGCCUGGGACCGGUGGGGCUAGAAAAAAAGGACAUGGGCCCAAGCGGGGCUAAGGCGCAGGGCAGCGUGAGUGGUCUCUGGCUAUAAUGUGAGGUAAACCAGAGGGGUAAGUUGGGGCCAGCAUGUAGGGGGCCUCGGGAGGGUUUUUAGCUGUGUCCUGAGUGAUGGGCAGUCAGUCAGGGGCGCGUGGUUAUCGUAGCUGUGUGUUGAAGGCAAUGGACUUGGUGGGGCCGAGGGAGGGCCCGGAACUCAAGAGAUCAGGCAGGAGGAGAGACGUCACUGAGUCAGGCCUGUCUUCAGAGAACAUUUUGUGAGGCUUUGUGGUCACAGCGUGCCUGUCCCCAAGGGGGAAACAGAACUUACAGAGAAACCUUUGUUUGGGAUUCUGUUUAUGGUACCACUUUCUCCCAAGCACACAGGCUUAGAGCCUUGUCACUUUGCCUUCUCCCUCCUCUUACCUUCCCCACAUUCUGUCAGUUGCCAGGUUCUGUUGGUUCUGUAGCGCCUUUCCCACCUGGUUUCUUUUCCACAGUAGCCACCGCCACCACCCUAGCUCAUGACCACAGCUCCAUCCUCCCCACCCAAUCCAUUUGCCCUUGGAUCCAAAGCCCAGAUAGCCUUGGUUCUGCCACUUCCUAAUCCAAAAUGUCAGGCGGUUCUCCACUGCUCGGUGAAAUAAAACUGAACUGAUGCGAAACUGCUGGUGAAAUUGCCCUCAUGAGCUAUGCAUUGUUGCGUUUAAUUGUGGCCCUUUGGAGUCUUGUUCCUUCCCUGUGUUAGGCUUAGGCAUUGUCAUGCCCUGAUUUGCCUGCCAGCCUCUACUCAUGGUCUUCUGUCUGCUGGGAAUGACUUUCCCUAAUGUCUGUCAAAAUCCCAUCCUUUAAGGCCGAGCAACACUCUCCCUACUCCCUCUCCUGCAGGGAUGGUGUGGUUACAGAGCUCUAGCCCUGCUGGGUUUCACACUGUUGGAAAAAAAGCUACAGAUGAGAAGGUGAUAAGGCUAGAAUGAACCCUGUGGUGCUGGAUGGGGAUUGGAGGUAGUAUGAACUCAUGGCUUUUAUCAUACAUACAGAAAGAUACUGAAGUAAAUGGGUUAGAAUAUAUGUGUGUAUAUUUCUUAGCCCUGUCUGCUCAGAGGGCCUAGAGACAAUGACACGCCAGUGGCAAUAAGCACAUAUAGUAUCCAGAUCUUGGUUUCUAAAUACCAUUCUUCAAUAAAAGGAACCAGAGGUCCUUGGAGAAAUCGCAGACCUGGGGCAGAGAAAGUAUAAAAUGAGCCUAGCCUACAAUAUCCUGUGGUACUGUAAAGGAAGAAAGUGCUCAAAAAAGAAGAUGGCCUCUCUAAAGGACUUGGGAAACAACUUGCAGGAGCACCCAGUGGUCAAAUUUGUAUUAUACUGGAUUAUAUUUGUACUAUACUGGAUUAUAUUUGUAUUAUGCUGGAUUAUAUUUGUAUUAUACUGGAUUAUAUUUGUAUUAUACUGGAUUAUAAGUCAUAGAAUAAAAUAGUCAUGAGUCCA